AUGGACUCAGACGAGCCGAUCGGUUCCGUACUUGUAGCGAGGUCCUCAGCAUCAUCGAUUCCCAAAGCAGGGCCGAUCGGACCUCCGCUCACCGAGGUACUCUCAACCGCGUCUGUAGUGUCAUCGGGGCCAGUUGGGUGUUCGCGUGGCGAAAUGUCAACACCGACCGAAGGUGCGGGACCAGAUUGCAUCAUCGCCGAGGGAGAUGGCGCACAACUAGUUGGUGGCAAGCUGGGCGUGGACGACGGGAAAACCAUGGAAGGCAACGGGAGGAUAAAACGGAAAGCGGUGACUAAAACGUGCACAAGCGAGCCAGAUAUUGUAGGUCGGCUUGUGCAGGUGGCGAUUGUGGUAAAGUCGAUCAAGAUCGGUGUCGUAAAACCUCAAACGUGUGCCUUAGUACGGAGUGGGAACCGGCGGAACGAUCGUGGGACGACGACCAAUCGUAUGGAUGGCACCGUUGGGACUAUUCACGGAAGUAUCUCAUCCAGUCAGAACGGUUCCGAACGGCGAAAGGGACCGCGAUCAAGGGACCGCGAUCAGGGGACCGCGAUUGAGGGACCGCGAUCAGGGGACCGUGAUCAGGGGCCGCGAUCAAGGGAACGUGAUCAGGGGCCGCGAUCAAGGGACCGCAAUCAGGGGCCGCGAUCAAGGGACCGCGAUCUGGCGUGGACCAAGCCCUGA